AUGUCUUCAUAUAUAGGCGGUGUUUCUACCGAUGAGAAUGCCAGUGGUACAGGUGAUAGUCCGAACACUGCCAUGAUCAUCUUGUACAGUAUCACAGGCAUCAUCACCGCACUGUUCCUAGGAAUUAUUAUCACAGGUGCAGUCCGGGCUCAUCGCCAUCCAGAGCGAUAUGGUCCUCGUCGGAUUGCCGGACGAGUCCGACAAAGCCGAGCCCGAGGUCUAGCUCGAGCCAUGUUAGAUACUAUACCGGUUGUUAAAUUUGAUGAUAAACACGAUGACGUGGAGGCCGCGAAACGAGAUGUUGAGAUGAUGAACACUGAAGAUGCUCGCGAGCUCUCCCAUCAGGAUGGAAACACUACUGGGGUGUCAACGCCUCGCGAAUCUGAAAUGCCAACCCCAGACGAUAACGAGCGCCCCACUGCCACAGCCCCCGAAGCCAGGACCGAGAUGCCUGACGCAGGUAACUUCUCAUGUCCUAUUUGCACAGAUGACUUCAUCAAGGGCCAAGACCUACGUGUCCUACCCUGUAAUCACCAAUUCCACAUGGAAUGUAUUGAUCCAUGGUUGAUGAACGUUUCUGGCACUUGUCCCCUUUGCCGCAUCGACCUCAACCCACCCCAACCUGAAAAUGCAGAAACCGAGGAAAAUGCCGACCAAAAUGACCAAUCACAAGUAGAAGGCGCAGUCCUAACAACCGACGACGCCCGCCAGCAAGCCCGUCAGCAAGCCCGCCAUACACAUCGCCGUCUGACCAACUACCUGCACGGACCCCUCAACGCCCGACGAAUGCGCGAUGCUACUGUCGAGGAGCGUCUCGCCGCGCUGCGAAGCGUCCGCGAAGCAAACCAAGGCGAGUCUGCGCCCGAAGAAGGAGUACGUCGUGGUCUAACCACCCGGUUACGCGAUCGCUUCCGCAUUCGAACCCGCGCUCACGGUGCCGAGGGUGAAACAUCCGCUGACGCCGAUCAUGCUGCGCCUUCUCCGGCGGCUCCGGCGGCCGUCCACCUCACGCCGUCCACUGCAUGA